UAGCACUUCGACUCCGGGGGUAGUCCCGCCAUCAAGUCCGAACAUCUAAGCCUUGUUAUCACUGACAAGUAUUCGUUCCAGAUAAUUGCAUGGCGGAGCGUUCGUUCUUGUUAUCGUUGUAGGGUCGCAGGCGAUGACCAAUUGUUCAGGAUGAGGCCGACUUCAAGCUAUAUAUUAGGUGCUAUUAUUAUCAUAGUUCCUGUACUAUAUCAUCAGCCAGCGCAAAGCGCAGGAGAAAAAGAUUUUAGCGCCAAAAAACGAAAAAGAAAAAGAGAAAGAAAGUGGGCGCCUCACUCCCGGAGAAUGCUGGGAGUAUCCAACUUGGAAGGGUGGCUAGUAUAUCCCCAAGAUAGCCAUUCCACACUUGUGGCCUGGCUUCAGCUCCAGGAUGGAUGAGACCUCGGGAUCAAACGGUAUUGUGCCAAUCCGGUAUUGUACUGUAGUGGAG